AUGUGACUUAACAAAAGCGGACAAAAUGGAUGUUUUGAAAGCAGUAUUGUUUUUCGCCUCUGUUGUUUCGGCGAAAUAUCUUCCUACAUGGGAAUCUUUAGACUCAAGACCCUUGCCAGAUUGGUACGACGAAGCUAAACUUGGGAUUUUUAUCCACUGGGGAGUAUUUUCAGUGCCCAGCUUCCGAUCUGAAUGGUUUUGGUGGGACUGGCAAGGUGUGAAAACUAAUGAUACAGUGGAAUUCAUGAAAAAAAACUACAAACCUGAUUUUACCUACGGCGAUUUUGCAAAGCAGUUUACAGCUGAGUUCUUUGAAGCGUCAGAGUGGGCGAGGAUAUUUCAGGACUCUGGAGCUAAGUUUAUCGUCUUUGUCAGCAAGCAUCACGAAGGUUAUACCAAUUGGCCUUCAAAGUAUUCCUUCAAUUGGAAUUCGAAAGCUGUUGGGCCCAACAGAGACAUUGUUGGAGAACUUGCUGAAGCAGUGAAGUCUCAGGAUGGCCUUCGAUUUGGACUGUACCACUCUCUGUUUGAAUGGUUUCAUCCCUGGUAUCUGGCUGACAAGAAAAAUAACUUCACAACUCAGGAGUUUGUAGAUGGGAAAACCUUGCCGGAGCUCUAUGAAUUGGUGAACACAUACAAACCUGAUGUCGUCUGGUCAGAUGGAGACUGGGAAGCUUCUGCAGACUACUGGAAGUCCAAAGACUUUCUGGCUUGGCUCUACAAUGACAGCCCCGUGCAAUCAAGCGUUGUCACAAAUGACCGAUGGGGACAAGGUGUCAUGUGUCACCAUGGGGGUUUCUUCACAUGUCAGGACCGGUACAACCCACACCACCUGAUCAAACACAAGUGGGAGAAUGCCAUGACCAUUGACCGUCAGUCCUGGGGCUUUCGAAGACGAGCCAACGUUGCUGACAUUUUGUCUAUCGAGGAGCUCCUGGAAGAACUUAUCACCACCAUUAGCUGUAAUGGCAAUGUGCUACUGAAUGUUGGCCCAACGCAUGACGGAAUGAUUGGCGUAAUCUAUCAAGAACGGCUGCAUCAGCUUGGCUCAUGGCUGAAGGUGAAUGGUGAGGGUGUGUAUAGCAGUCGGCCCUGGACCUACCAAAAUGACACAGUCACUCCAGGAGUAUGGUACACUUCCAAGAGCAAGUCACAACCACCUGCUGUGUAUGCUUUUCUUCUGCAAUGGCCUGAGAAAGGGAUGCUGUAUCUCAACUCUCCUUUCCCGACAGAGAAGACAGAAGUCACCCUGCUAGGAUAUUCAGGCCCAAGCUUCAAGUGGACUUCCCAACCUACUCAGCAGGGUAUACACAUCACAUUUCCAGCUCUUAAUGUGAAACAAAUGCCUUGCAAAUGGGCGUGGGUGCUAAAAAUGACAAAUAUAAAAAAUUGAUGUGAUGACUGCUUUUUCUAUCAUUUUCAAUUACCUGGUACAAUAAAAUCUGAUCAAAAUCUCUCUCUGUUCUAUAGAUUUAGAGUACAUAGUCAUUAAUCUUGUUAAAAUCUUUUCUGUGAUCAUACCUAACAUUUUAAUGAUUCUUACAUAAUGUGUGCAACUUUUUUUAAUGACCAGACAGUGCAAGUCAUCCGUAAUAGAGUUGAAAGCCACUACAAAGAUGUCAAUUGAAUCAUGAAAUUAAAUUUGUAUUUACACACAAUAUAGCCCCCCCCCCCCCCCCUCCCUCGAA